AUGGAUGGAUCGACAAUAAAAAAUAGACUUAAAAGUCUUCUUCGGUCUCCGUCCAUCAAGCUCAGGAAGAGCCGACGGUCCAUCAAAGAAAACUUUACCAACAAGGUAACUCUAGAGAGAGUUCUUGGUAUAACGACUACAGGAAACAGUGGCUUAGCUUGUGAUCCUUGCUCAGGGACUGUUGCAUAUCCUGCUGGGUGUGUGGUAGUGCUGCUGAACCCCAAGAAGAACAGGCAGCAGCACAUCAACAACACUUCCAGGAAAACUAUAACCACAUUAUCGUUUUCUUUAGAUGGGAAAUAUCUUGUCACAGGAGAGACUGGUCACCUGCCUGCAGUGCGAGUGUGGGAUGUGGCUGAGGGGUCUCAGGUCACAGAGCUGCAGGAGCACAAGUAUGGGGUGGCCUGUGUGGCCUUCUCUCCCAACAGCAAGUACAUCGUCAGCGUGGGCUACCAGCAUGACAUGGGCGUCAAUGUGUGGGCCUGGAAGAAAAACACACUUGUGGCUGCUAACAAGGUCUCCAGUAAAGUGACGGCUGUGUCUUUUUCUGAGGACAGUUCCUACUUUGUGACAGCUGGGAAUAGACAUGUCAGAUUCUGGUACUUGGAACCCUGCAACUCCCUCAAGCAACUUGCAGCUCCUGUUCCACUACUUGGGCGUUCUGCCCUCUUGGGGGAGCUACAGAACAACAACUUCUGCGAUGUGGCUUGUGGCUAUGGUGACAAGUCUGAAUGCACAUUUUGCAUCACUUCCUCUGGGCUGCUCUGUGAGUUCAACGAGAAAAGGAUGCUGGAUAAGUGGGUAGACCUCCGGACGAGAGCUGCACGGGCUCUGUCUGUGACUGAGGAUCUGAUCUUCUGUGCGUGUGCUGACGGCACUGUGAGGGUGUUCAGUCCUGCAGACCUGCGCUUUCUCUGCACCCUGCCCCACCCACAUCACCUGGGCAGUGAUGUGGCAGCCUCCAUCCACCAUAGCCACCUGCUCCCCAACAAGCCGGACGCUCAUUACCCAGAUUCUGUGGCAGUGACCUAUGACCCUGUUAACCUCUGGCUGUCUUGUGUGUAUAAUGACCAUAGUCUGUACGUGUGGGAUGUUCAAGAGCUUCAGCGGGUGGGCAAAGUGCACUCUGCCCUCUACCACUCUGCCUGUGUGUGGGAUUUACAGAUAUACCCUAAAGACACCGAGGGCCGUGUGACUGGACUGGACUCCUCAGAACUCUUUGUCACUUGCUCUGAAGAUGGCACAAUACGCAUGUGGAGCACGGAGGCGUACAACAACCCAGCCAGUCACAACAGUCUCAGCGGCGAUCUUUGGAAAGUGAUUUAUAUAAACAACAAGGCAGAGUCCCUGCUGCAUACAGAGGAAACUGCAACUAGUAGUACAGAGAAGCCUGAUGCUCAGUCAGCUGAGAACCGGACAGGCAUAAGAACCAUCUGUGUGAGUCCGGAUGGCAAGCACCUGGCCUCCGGAGACAGAAUUGGAACAUUAAGAGUUCAUGACUUCAACAGUAUGGAGGAGAUUCUUAAUGCAGAGAUCCAUGACUCCGAGGUUCUUUGCCUGGAAUACUCAAAAUCAAAGACAGGAAUGAAACUCUUGGCAACAGCAGGUCGUGAUCGUCUCAUCCACGUGCUGGACGUUGCGGAAGACUACAGGCUCCUACAGACUCUGGACGAGCACUCAUCCUCUAUUACAGCCAUCCGCUUUGCUGUCAGUGAUGGGAAGGUGAGAAUGAUCAGCUGUGGCGCUGAUAAGAGUGUGUACUUUCGCACUGCUCACAGGACUUUCAGAGGAAUAAAAUUUAAAUGCACACACCAUGUGGUGAGGAAAAGUACUCUUUAUGACAUGGACGUGGAUCCUACAUGCAAGUAUGCAGCUGUAGGUUGUCAGGACAGAAGCAUCAGAGUGUUUAACAUAAGCAGUGGAAAACAAAAGAAGUCAUUUAAGGGUUCUCAGACCGAAGAUGGUAGUCUGCUUAGGGUUCAAAUGGAUCCAUCUGGUCUGUACGUAGCCACCAGCUGCACAGAUAAGAAUCUCAGCUUGUUUGACUUCCAGAAAGGAGUGUGUCUGGCAGCCAUGUUUGGACACUCAGAAAUCAUCACGGGUAUUAAGUUCACCAGUGACUGUAGGCAUUUAAUUUCCAUCUCGGGAGACAGCUGUAUCUUUGUGUGGCGCCUCGCCCCUGAGCUCACCAUGAACAUGAGGCGGCGUCUGGAGGAGCUCCACCACUGGUCGAGUGAAUCUGCCUUCGCCAGCUCCAUGUUCAGACGUUCGUCCACAGGAAGUCCGAACCCGCUCAGCCACAUGCCUCUGCUUUCCUGCUCUUCUGAGGCUGAGGAAGAUGAUGAAGAAGGGUUGGAGAACCAGGCCUCAGAUGAACAUGAAAUGAUCCACCCCAUAUUGGUGGAAGAGGGUCAAGGUGCUUCUGAUGAGGGGACUGACUGGGACACCUCCACUAAGUUCCAGGAGUCGUCUGCAGGGUCCUGUGCAUCUGAGCCCCACCUGCCCGAUGGGCCACGCCAACGCAGGCGCUGGUCCUGCUCGAUGGGCUCUUUGGAGCUGAUGGCGAAGUCCAUGCUGGAGCUUCGGCAGCUGGAGUCUGCCUCCAAGCCUAGUUCGGCCCGGAGCGGCUCGGCAGGUCAGCUCUGCAGCCGGCCUGGAGGUGGCAUGGUGAGAUUGCUGCACGCUACCGCUUCCCAUCAGACUGAGAGGCAGCGUGCUUGUCCUCACUCUGCCUGGGAGGCGCCUGGUUCUCCUGAGGGUGUGGUGCUGUACCCAGAGCUCUGCCCCAGCACUGGCAGUCUCCCUCUAGCCUAUCAAGGGCAGGAUGAGGAAGCACAGAGCCAGCACAAGCACAGCCGUGACAGUGGCAGCUCCACAGGCUACGGCGGAUCCAGCCCAGAACGGGGCUCUGGAGGCUCUGAUGACCCAGAAUCACUUAGCAGUGAUGAGGAGCCCCACACCCCAGACGAAGAGGAGGAGGAGGACCAAGGGAAGCUGUUUCACAAGUCCAAGCAAUGCAUGCCAGAGUGCUUCCUCAAAGAGCACUUUGACACACUUGCGGGUACUGACACUACAGGUAAUCAAUUCAGGCAUAAAGGUAGCAGUUCAACACAAUUCCUUGCCCAAGGCUCCUCUACCAGGUCGGUCAUCCUCAUUCUUUCCAGGACUGGCAGGAAGUCUGAUCAAGGCCCCAGUGCUGCGGUGAAACCCCUGAUAUCUGCAGCAUGCCCCCUACACGAGGAGAAGAGUGAGUGGCCAGGCUUGGAGGAGCGAGUGGAAGAUAACCCUCCAGAGCAACCUCUGCAGCUGCACUCCACCCCACAGAGGAGCAAAGCUUCUGGGCCACAUUCUGGCAGGGUGUCCAGUCCUGUGGGCAAGCCAGCAACAGGGCUUCUGAAGUCCAUCUCAGCACACAAUCUAACAGCAGGCAGUCGAAGGCCUGUGACCCUGUCCCAUUUGAAACAGGAGUCUCGAGCCCCCUGGUCCCAGCUCAUAACGGAUAGGUGCGAUGGCAGCCUCCCAUCGCCCACUGGCUCCUCCUCUCCUCUGCCUUGGGAAAGCCCCGGCACCUCCCGACGUCUCAAAGCUCGAUCCUACAUGAGUCCUACUACCAGCUCCAGAGCCAAGCUCCAUCGCUUAGCCUCUGUAGGAGAUGGCCUUCACCUGGCUGUGGGCGGAGGUGAGGCGAUAUCGUACUCGGGGCCUUUCCGCUCGGCUGCCUGUCCUUCUCUGUCCAGUACUCCCCCCCGGGUGUCUCUGUCUGCUUCUCUGCCUGGUCUGUGCAACUCGAAUGAGCUGAGAUCCAGAUGCUCGGAGGGGGCUUGGACUCCCCCUCCUAAAAGCAGCAAGGCCCGUGCCUCUGAGAGGACAAGUAAUCCCAGCUUGGAGUAUCCCAGCAGACCUCGGAAGAGCACUGAUGCUGCUGCACACACGCAUGCUUGUGCUGGGACUGGAGUGCACUCUAUGGACGCCAGCUGUCUAAAGGCACAGCGGCAAGCUGCCAAGCCUGCAUCCCCUCUUCUUGGCCGUCAGCCUGUGAAGGACGGCAUGGAAUCCUUUUCCCAUGCUCCACAGCGAGAGCGCCCCCUGGUGGCGGUCAAAGCGUUCACCAUGACAUCAGAGAGCCAAACUGAAGAGAACUUGGUGAACCUGGAGAUAUGCAGACAGGCUGCUGAGGAACUGUGCAGCAGCAUGAGGAAGGCCACCCAGCUCUAUAGAGUGGUGAACUCUGGUGUUGGGACCGUGGAGGUGGAGCAGCCGGAGAUGGUGCGGGUGCUGGAGGAGGCGCUGCUACUGGUUCUUGCUGAACUGGAAGUCAAGCCUUGGUCAGCAAGUGAGCGUGGGGAGAGGACCCUCGCCCUACUGGAGCAAUACUCUCAGCUGCUGCUGCAGUCAGUGGAGAAGAGGCUCAACCACAGAAUCUAGCUUUACAUCCGACAGGACUAGUCUAGUCUUUAAAAGACUAUAAAGUGGCCACCAUAACCGGAAAGGAAGGGGUGUGUGUGUGUGUGUGAGGGAGAUUUCACAAGGUUCU